UUCCGCAUUCUGCUCGCAGCCGGCGUCACAUGCUGAGUCACGUGACUCGUGGCUGCGCUUCGCAGCGUUCCUGAGUCCGCCUUGAAGUCAGGUUAUGGUACCGAUAUUGUAUAUUGUGAGGUGCUGAUUGCUACUGCAAUGCUGCCUCUGGUCCCUGUGUUUGUCUUGUUUUGCUGUCGUCCCGUUCGGAGCGCCCACUUGGAGCAUGAUCAGGACACUUCGAUACCUGAGGGAUGGACCCACGCUGGAAGGGUAGCCAGUUCAGAUCGAGUGGAGCUGACCUUCGCUUUAAGGCAGCAGAAUGUGGACAAGUUGAGGGGGCUGCUGGAGAGCGUGUCAGACCCAGAUUCUGUACAAUAUGGGAAGUUCCUAACCUUGGAGGAAGUGUCCUCCCUCGUGCGGCCCUCGGAGCUGACGCAGAAGGCGGUGCGGGGUUGGCUGCGUAGCCAUGGGGUCACAGACUGCAGGACUGUGCUCACAGAUGACUUCCUGCAGUGUGACAUGACGACACAGGUGGCUGAGGCGCUGCUCCCCGGAAGCCGCUUCUUCCGCUACGUCAGGGGCCAGCGUGCCUUGGUGCGCUCGCCGGCUCCGUACUCGGUUCCCGAUGACCUGGCUCAGCACCUGGACUUCGUGGGCGGUGUUCACCGGUUUCCGGCCAAGCUGGAGGCCGUCAGCAGAGCCUGGACCAAUGGGCAGCGUCCGGAGGCGGGCUUCCACCUGGGGGUGACGCCCAUCAUUCUGAGGAGCCGCUACAACCUGACGGCGUCGGACGUGGGCUGUGCGGAGAACAAUAGCCAAGCCGUGGCUCAGUUCCUGGAGCAGUUCUACCACCCAGCAGACCUGGCUGAGUUCAUGGCCCUCUUUGGUGGGGGGUUCAAGCACAUGUCCCAGGUGGCCCGUGUGGUGGGCACCCAGGGGGGUGGCAAGGCAGGGCUGGAGGCCAGCCUGGACGUUGAAUACAUCAUGAGCACGGGGGCCAACAUCUCCACGUGGGUCUUCACCAACCCAGGUCGUCACGAAUCCCAGGAACCCUUCCUGCAGUGGAUGCUGCUGCUUAGCAACAUGUCGUCCGUGCCCUGGGUCCACACGAUCAGCUACGGUGACGACGAGGACAGCCUGGCGGCCUCCUACAUGACGCGCAUCAACGCCGAGUUCAUGAAGGCCGGUGUCAGGGGCCUCUCCAUGCUCUUCGCUUCUGGUGAUAGCGGGGCAGGCUGCAGACACUUGUCCAAAGGGAGCAACGCCUUCAGGCCCAGCUUUCCAGCGUCAAGUCCCUAUGUGACGACCGUGGGAGGGACGUCUUUCCAGAACCCUUUCAAAGUGACCUAUGAGGUCACAGAUUACAUCAGCGGGGGCGGCUUCAGUAACAUUUUCCCGAUGCCGGAUUACCAGGUUAAUGCCGUUAAUGCUUAUCUGAAAGGCGUACAAGCCCUGCCUCCCAAAACGUACUUCAAUACCAGCGGCAGGGCCUAUCCUGACAUCGCGGCCCUUUCAGACAACUACUGGGUGGUAUCCAACAGGGUGCCAAUCCCGUGGGUGUCUGGCACAUCGGCUUCCACUCCUGUAGUUGGUGGGAUGCUGUCCCUCAUAAAUGACAAGCGCUUCCUCAAGGGGCUGCCCGCCCUGGGCUUCCUCAACCCUCGCCUGUACAAGCUGAAAGGACAGGCUCUCUUCGACGUGACCGAGGGAUGCCACCUGGGCUGUCUGGACGAACAGGUAGAAGGGAAGGGUUUCUGUGCUGCUCCAGCGUGGGAUCCAGUUACAGGCUGGGGCACACCUAACUAUCCCUCUCUGCUGGCAGCCCUCAUGGACUAAUAACACUGCCACCUUAUAAAGCCUGAAUGCUGCCUCAUUGUAUCAGACACACUCAGCCGGCCUUUUACAUUGGUUUUCGCUUAUUUUGCUAAACGGCCUCUGAAAUGUCAGCACAGUCUCCAUUACUGAAUCACUGCUCGCAAUUUUCAGUUUUCUAACUCUACAGCACUACUUUCAAAAAUUCAGUCUGGUAACCACUCUAAGGGAGGGAAAGUGAUCAAUUGUUCAGCCUUUUUCAUUGUUUUGUUUUAAAAAAUGGACAAGGGCCUGAGUGAGCUUAAAUACACAAAUGGUCUGGGUUGACAUCACCUUUUAAUCUGGUGCAGUUUUGUCUUAGGCUUGUGUGAAGGGCAGUAUGUGAGGGGGGGUCUGCAGAUUUUCACUGCUGAAAGUAGCUCUUUGCCAGUGGGUUUUUGUGCUUGUGAAAUUGUGUGGUGUGUCCACUGUAUGAUUGUCUUGAGAAGAGACUACAUAAAAUGAUGGUGAUUAUGGCAGUGAGAUUGAUCAGGCUCUGCUUGGUUUUCUCUGAUGCAUUAUAACCUAUUUUCACAGACUGUGAAAUAGUUACCCCAGGUAAAAAUUUAUAUGUGAUACUAUGCAUGUUAGACUUGGUGGCAGUUUAGGGGACUGGGAAUAAUGUGCAUUUAAUUCUCAUGACAUGUUUUAUGUAACUAAAACUGGGAUGAAUUACAGUGUACAUGAAAAUUGGGGUUGGAAUGGUUUUGGCAAGGAUUCAGCAACUGUUCUUGUACUGCAGUUAAAAUAAAGUCAGAUUGAUCUCA